CAGUUACACCCAGUGCCAGUGGUUAGAUCCAUAGUGUCUAAUUCUUAUUUCCUCGCUAGUAUCGAAAUCAGCUAGCAACACUUCUCGCCUGCAUAGGAUGGUAGAAGGUGACACCGAUCAGAACCACUCAAAAUAUACCGAUGUAAAGGACGAGCGAGUAGCGAACGGUGACAGCAAGGAUCAUCCGUUGGCGGAAACCAUCCCGGUUUCGCUCACAGACAAAUCGUUGGUCGUUCAACAGCACCAGCAGCAGCCGACGCUGUACGGCCCACUAACCGGUGCCGAGGAUCGUGCCAUCGUCAGUAAGCAGCUCGAGGCAAAGGGUGGCCCCGUUGCCGACCCCGAGAGGGGUGCCUACUCGAUCCGGGCUGACUUCGAGCAGGCGAUCGAGCUGACUGGUUAUGGCAGAUUCCACUACAUCCUGCUAGCAAUAUGCGGUCUGGUGAGCACAAGCGAGGAGAUGGACGUCAUCUCGAUGUCGUUCAUUCUGCCCUCCGCUCAGUGCGAUCUCGAUCUGAACACCCAAAGCAAGGGCUGGCUGAACUCGAUCAUCUUCAUUGGCAUGAUGUUUGGGGCGUACAUUUGGGGCAGCGUGGCGGACUCGCUCGGCCGGAAGAAGGUGCUGAUCGUGAUCUCGAUCAUGAACGCGUUCUGCAUCGUCGCGUCCUCGUUCUCCCAGACGUACGAGGUGUUUAUGGUGUUUCGCUUCCUCAACGGUGUGGCGUUAGGCGGUAGUGGUCCCGUCAUUUGGCCGUACUUUGCGGAGUUCCAACCCAAGUCGAAGCGAGGCUCCAUGCUCAGCUUUAUGGCGGCGUUCUGGACCAUCGGUAACCUGCUGGUGGCUGGGCUGGCUUGGUUGAUCAUCCCCACUGGAAUCGGUAUCACAACACCAGCCUUCACGUACAACUCGUGGCGCAUUUUCCUGCUCGUCUGCUCCAUCCCAUCGUUCAUCGUGGCCGCACUGUUGCUGUACCUGCCCGAGUCGCCCAAGUUCUUGCUCUCGCAGGGCAAGAUCGACGAAGCGUUGGCCAUUUUCCGUGGCAUCUACGUCACCAACACCGGCCGCACGAAGGACCAGUACCCCGUCAAGGAACUACUAAUCGACGAGAAGCUUCGCGAGGAACUGGAAGCCGUCACGAAACCGAUCAAGAACAAGUACAAGCGCAUGCUGUACGACAUCCUGGACAACAGCAAGCAGGUGUUUAUGUCACCGAUCCUCAAGUUCACCACCAUCUCGAUCACGAUCAACUUCACGUUUCACAUUGGGUACUACGGGCUGAUGAUGUGGUUCCCGGAGCUGUUCAAUCGGUUCGACGAGUUUACACGCGCGCAUCCGGGCGUUGAGGAUGCCUCGGUUUGUCAGGUGACGGAUUACGUCGUGGGUAUGGGCUCGCACUCCCAAGCAGGCGUCUGUUCGGCCACAAUCCCGAGCACGGUGUUCAUGGAAUCGUUGAUCACGGUUGCGGCCGCACUGCCCGCUAACAUUGUGGCCGUGCUGGGGAUGGAUCGGUUGGGGCGCAAGUUUUUCCUCGUCUUCAGCACGAUGGCGGCCGGAGCGUGCUCUGCGUCGAUGUACUUCGUCACCAACCAGCACCAGAAUCUGGCCGUGUCGGCCGUUUUCAGUGGUGUCAUCUCGAUGGGCAACGCCUCGCUGGAUUGUCUGAUUACGGAGGUGUUUCCAACGAAUUUACGUGCAACUGGAGUGGCGAUCUCAAUGGUGGCUGCUCGGCUGGGAGGUAUCAUCGGCAACGUGGUCAUUGCCACGCUGCUCGAUCUCUACUGUCCCGCACCGACGUUUAUUGUGGCCGUCCUGCUGGCAGGAGGAGGUCUUAUGUGCUUGUUUUUACCGAACACCACCCGGACGGCGUUGUCCUAGUGCGGGGCAAAACCAUCCGCAGAAUCGCAUACACCACCGACAAAGCACGCACAGAAGCGCUACACUGGUGAAGAUCGCAACGAGCCACCGGAAGCUCGUGGGAGCUUUCUAUGUGUUAUGUAAACUUUGCUAUACGAUUUCUAGAUAACGUUUAUUCAUGCUAGCGAGUGUUGCCGUCUCCGGAUGCAGGAGCAGACAUUUAAGUUAAGAAAAUCCAUAAACAAAAAAUGCAAACACACGCACAAAAAAAAACCAAUCCAUUACAGGCGUAAUGGGGUUCGCGCGUACACGAAAUAAUUCCUAGUAGCAUAAACGAUGGCUUUGAGGCGGAUCAAAACGAUACAAAACCAAUACAGCCGGGCUUCUCGGCCUCCGUACAUUCCUAAAAACCAAUCGUAUCGUGAAUGGGGCCAUUUAUUUUGCAACCCAGAGCAAUGACGCAAAUGAAACGCGUGCGUACGCGUUGCAGCACUCGUCGAAAGAAUUUAGCUGAAAGACCAGUGGGAGGUGUUUAACUUAAUCUUAAAUAAAGUGGUAAGCCUGUUGCUUUUAGGCAUAUCGAUAAAUUAAUAAAAGUGGUAGCAUAAAA